AUGAUGGAUUUGAUGAAUUUGUAGUCAGGGGUUGUAAUAGAUGCUCCAACACAAUAAUUUAAAAAUAGAAGCUUUUAAUUAAAGCAUUAAUUGGGAAAAGGAGCAGAAGGAUAAGUAUUUUUAGCUAAACCGUAAAAUUGGAAUAAGGAUUUUGAAGUUGCUUUAAAAUUCUCGAAACCACUUAAAGAAACAGAACGAGAGUUCAUCCAAAAUUUGAUAGAAGCUUAGAAUGAAAACGAUAAAUAGGGAUCUAAAAACAAAUUAUGUUCUAACAUUAUUAGAAUAUACGAAAUUUUCGAAAUCUAAUAUUAUAGUGUUUAGGUGAUGGAAGUAGGGAGUGUUAAUCUUUUUAAAUAUACAUCAUUUAAUCACAAUAGGAUGACUAAUGUUGAGAAAUUUAAAAUAUGCUUAUAACUAAUAAAUGCAAUUAACUUCAUCCAUAUGUUGGGAUUGAUACAUAGAGAUGUAAAGGGAGAAAACUUUAUUUUAGUAAAUGAAGAAUUCAAACUCAUAGACUUUGGAUUAAUCAGUAUAAAUGAAAGGUUGAUGACUUCGAAACCAGGUACUCGUAUAUUUUAAGCUCCUGAAUUGUUUGAAGAUCAAGGUCAAUAUACAUAAUCAUUAGAUAUAUGGUCACUUGGAUGUGUAUUUUAUGAAAUUAUUAAGGGGGAAGAACUAUUCCCAUGUAUAAAUAUGAAUUUAUCAAUCUAAUAAAUCAAAAAUCAUAAAACAAAUUAAAACCAUGUUUAUUAACUGAUAGAUAGGCUGAAAGUAUGUUAAGAAUGGAGGGAUUUACUUAAAUAAAUGUUGCAUCCCAAUUAAUUUAAUAGGAUAAAAAUAGCAUAAGCUAUAAAAAUAGUACAAUUGUGCAUAGUUAAAGAGGAGAAUUCUGGUGGUUCAAUAGAAUUGAAGGCGAGUAAGCAGCAAUUAAAUCUUGAUUCAGAUAUAAGCAAGAUUGAAUUUGAAUUAUAAUUGAAUUAGAAAUAAAAUGAAUUCAAUAAGAUUCUUAGAGAAAAGGAAUAAAUAAUUUAAUAAUUAGAACAUAAUCUAAAGAAGAAAGAAAAUGAGGUUAAAUAACAUUUAGAAGAUAUUGAAUAAUUAACAAUAAAAGUUAAUAAAUUCGAGUUCGAAAAGAAUAAAUUGGAAUAAGAAAAGAAAAAAAAUGAAGAAUCAUUUUAAUAAUAAUAUUAAUAGUAUGCUUAACAAUGUUAAAAUCAUUUAAAUUAUCAAGCAUCCUAAAUAUCUAAUUAGCAAGCCUCGUAAUUUAAUUAAUAAAAAUAGAUUUAUGAAAACGAGAUUAAAAAUCUAAAAAUACGAAUUUAGGUUUUGGAAUAAGAAAACAGCACAAUAUUAAAAAAGCAUAAUUAAAUUAAAGAGGAGGAAAAUGCAAAAAGUAAAGUAGUAGAUAUUAGCAAAGAAAUAUUGUUUUUGGAUAAAUUAAUCGGAGACUUAGAUAAUGAGAUUUCAAACCUAGAAAAAUCAUUAGAGAGCUUCAAAAGCAUUUAAUAACUACUCUAAAAUAAUAAUACAUUGGUUAAUUCUUAGAUUUAAGAUAUAGAAUAGUUAAUUACACAGAAAAAGAAGAGUGUAUAUAAUUAUCAAAAAAUAAAAUUAGAAAUUUAAAACCAAGAUUCAAAUCAAUUGAAGUAAUAGUCGGAAUUUGCUAAAAAUACUGUUGAGUUUAAUUAAUAGCAAGAUAAAGUACUUCCUCAACAACUAUAAGGCGCGCUUUAAAUAACUUAAAAUAUAUAAUCAUUAAUACAAAACCCAAAUCUAUUCAAACCGUAUGUAAAUUCGUAGAUAAUGCCUCCCCCUUUUGUAAUGCAAACAAAUACUAUGAAUUUCAACUAAAAAGCAACCAACAAUAAGAAUUAAAUACUUUGA